AACGUACACAAAAUAUGUUAUCGUGUAUAACGUGUAGAAAUUAGGGAAAAUGGAGGGUCUGUGAAGCAACCGUAGGAAAUCCACAAUUCAUAAGAAAAGGGGUCGUAAGCAACGUUGGUGUACCCCCGGCAUGUUUUACCCUCACAUCGGUAAAUACAUGUCGCAGUAUUUCACGAAACCCACCCGGCAUUUUUUAAUCACUGACUGUGCAAUGAAUAUGGAAGUGUGACUUUAAGCCAACUUGUUUCAUCGAACAUGUCGAAUGGAUGCAACCCACACAAUCAAGACCUCCGUCGCUGUACUGGAGCUGUGUCUGUAUUUUGCGUCAGACGUGUAUUGCGUUGGGAAGCAAUGCAAAACUAAGUCUGCAUUGAGCAUGAAGAUGGGAAUGUAUUGCUUAGUUCAAGCAAGUGAUUGAUCUUCAAAAAAGUGGAUUUCGAAGGAAAGUACCUAAAAGUAAAAGGAAAUUAGGAAAAAAACAUCUACCUGAAGAAGAAAACCAAUUCUCACACCAUAUACACAGUGUGAAGGAUAGAGAGUCCCUCUUCCUGGCCAAACCAACUCUUAGCAACAGUGAACCUGUAAUUUGUUUCACCACCUAUCCUGCAAUGCAAAGGAAGUGGUCUCCAAUCUUUUGCCAUGGAGGAAUACAUAAUGGACAUACCAACUGAACAGUGUGCUGCAUCUGGCAGCAAGCCAAUUUGCUACUUGUGGAAAGGUGCAAUAGGCAGUGAAAGGGGUAUUAUUUGGAACACUCUUGUGUCCAGGUAGUCCAUAAAACUGGAUUUUUAUCCAGUUUUUUGACCUACAGAGUAGGCUUGCUCACAUUUGAUUCUCUCAAGUGAGUGACUUUGUCCCAAGCCCUGCUUCGGACUAGUGUAACAGUUGUGUUUGGGUGAACUUUACCAAUCGCAAUGAGUAAGUCGGAGAGCCACCACAGCGGCAGCUCGCUGUCAAAUGGAGUUGCGUCGUUGGAGGAAAGAGACACGGACGUCCCACAAGAGAGUCAUAGCAGUGGGAGUGUGACUAAGCAAGGCAGCAAAGGCAAGUCUGGUGACACACAGACAGAGGAGGCAGUAGCUGCUGAUGCCAGUCAUUCGCGUGUCAAUGGCGAAUCCAGUAUGGGAAGCAACAUGGUGAUCUCUAAUCGCAGAUCUCCUAAUUUCCCCGAUGCUGAUGUGAAUGUUGAAUCCUUCCAACACGACAAGGUUACAGAAAACUUGGAAAGUGCAGCUGAAUCAAAACACACAGGAAUCAGUGAUGAUAGUAGCACCACUGGAUAUAGCAGUAGAUUAGAUAGCACUGGUGAUAAAGAACCAUUAAAAGAAAAAGUGCCUGAUACAUCUGUUCACUUAGCAAAAUCACAGCCAAAUGGAACUGCUCUGAAGAGUGCCAGGAAAGACAGUAACAUGAAGCCAGAAAGGGGUAGAAUCGCUUCCGGGAAUGGAAAGAAACAGAAGUCGGUUGUAAUCAUGACUCCUGUUAAGGAUAUCACUGAAAAUGGUCACCUAGAUGUACACAAAGAGGAGAAGGUUGAGCGUUUGCAGAUUGAUGAUAUGCCCUAUUCUGAUUUUAUGAGCAAAGAAAAACGUCUCCUGCCAGAUACAGAGGAUGCAGAACUAGAAGCUGUGGAAGAGAAAGCCAUUGCUAAGUCUGCAGAUGGUCGUUUCAUGAAGUAUGAUGUAGAAGUAGGGAGAGGUUCCUUCAAGACUGUGUUCAGAGGGCUGGAUACAGAGACUGGAGUUGCUGUAGCAUGGUGUGAAUUGCAGGAGCGCAAGUUGAGUCGGUCUGAGCGGCAGAGGUUCAAAGAAGAGGCAGAGAUGCUGAAAGGACUCAGUCACCCAAACAUUGUCAGCUUCUACGACUACUGGGAGGAAGUCAGUCCCAGAGGAAAGAAACACAUAGUACUUGUCACCGAACUCAUGACAUCUGGAACCUUGAAAACAUAUCUCAAACGCUUCAAGGGUGUGAAGAACCGUGUGCUGCGGAGCUGGUGCCGUCAAAUCCUGAAGGGCCUGCACUUCCUCCAUACAAGACAACCACCCAUCAUACACCGUGAUCUCAAAUGUGACAAUAUCUUCAUUACUGGCACUUCUGGUUCCGUCAAGAUUGGCGAUCUGGGUCUGGCCACCCUCAAAAAGAGCUCAUUUGCCAAAAGUGUUAUAGGUACACCCGAGUUCAUGGCUCCUGAGAUGUACGAGGAGCACUACGACGAGGCUGUCGACGUGUACGCAUUUGGCAUGUGCUUGCUGGAGAUGGCCACAUCCGAGUAUCCAUAUUCCGAAUGCUCCAAUGCUGCACAGAUCUACCGCAGGGUUACCACGGGAGUUAAACCACAAAGCUUUGAAAAAGUCAACGACAACAAGAUCAAAGAAAUCAUCGAUGGCUGUACCAAAACAAACAAGGAAGAGAGGUAUGUAUCUAUGAUCAGUCAAUCGGAGAUUAUCCAGAAUUGAAAAUUAAAUUUUUUUUCAUUACUUUAUGGAAGCUAUAGGCCUAUAUUCCCUAAUAUGGUAUUCAUUUAUUGCUGAAUAUAUGUGUGGGUAAGACAUAUAAUUUGCUCUUCCCCCCCUAAUGUUUAUUUGGCGGUUCCCUGACAUAAUUCUGUGCUAACCAGAUAUGACGAAUUCUAUGAUGAAUACUUCGGUUGAAUUGAUUGAUAGAUUUUUAGUAUUGUGGCGAGUUUUGCUUGAUUCUUUUCCAGGAUAGAAUACCAUAUGUGCAGCAUUCCGUAGAAUACUCUAGCCUGACGUCAAUGAGAAUUGUUUUCCUACUAUUUUUAUUUUUGAAAUGGAUACAUCACCUGGUACAUGUAUAUAUCUCAUUGCGCUGCUCUCAAUCCUUUGUUUAAAAAUUUGUACACAUCGGACUUAGAGCUUUGUAACUAAGUCUCAAUGAUAUUUGGUGAACUAAUUAAUUCUUUAUUUUGAUAAAGCGCAAAUUAUGAUAAAGCGCAAAUUAUGAUGUCUCCAAGCGUCCUGAAAUAAAGGACAAUCAGUGGUUGGAAUAAGAUAGAAACGAUCAUAUAAAAUAAAAGUAGAAUCUAAUAUGAAAAAAAAACCAAACCAAGACUGGAGUGGUAGCUAGCUGUGUAAUGCAUCACAAACCAGGGUACAUUUGGGAUUAUCAGUGACAAAUGAAUCGGACUUUAGUAGUAUUGAAUAGAUCAAGAGGACACUUCUAUGUGUAUUUUAAGGAAGAUAGUUCAGGAGUUCCGGAAUAAUGUGAACCUGUUGAAAUGAUCUGUCUAGAAAUG